AUGAUUGCUCAAAUCAGAGAACAGUUGUACGAGUUGUUUAAAUCGAGCGAGGUACACAGCAUCGCCUUGUCAGAUCCACAACCUACAAACUUUAUCGAAUAUACCUGGCUCUGGAUUUUAGAGAGCUACGGUGAAUUUGGAUUGUUCCUUAUUUUCUAUCUCUCAAUGGCAUUUCUUUAUGCACUCGGUGGUUUAUUCUUUUAUUUCUGUGACAAGUUCCAUUGGUUCCAAUCAAGAAAGAUUCAAAUCAAGAAAUAUCCAACCAGCGAUGAUAUUAAAAGAUGUAUUAAUAACCUUGUUACAAAUUAUAUUCUAAUUGUUCUUCCACUUGGAAUCAUUUCUUUCCCAUUCUCGAGAAUUCUUGGAAUGCAACAUUCCCUUCCAUUGCCACCUGUAUGGAGAUUUUUAUUUGAUAUGUUAUUAUGUUUGAUUGGAGAGGAUUUCUUCCAUUAUUGGAUGCACAGAUUCUUCCAUACUCCAUGGUUCUACAAGAACAUUCAUAAGGAGCACCACUACUACACUGCACCAUUUGGUUUCACAGCUUCUUAUGCACACCCAGUUGAAGUUGUAUUCCUCGGAUUGGCAACAUUCGCACCAGCAUUCAUUUUGCGACCACACUUUAUUACAUUCUACUCGUGGUUCAUCUUACGUCAACUCGAUGCAGUGCUCACCCACUCUGGAUACGACAUUGAAUUGUUCCCAUUCAACUUGUUGCCAACCUACGGAGGUACCGCCUUCCACGACUACCAUCACAAGGAGUUCACCUGCAACUACGGAUCACGUUUCACCUGGCUCGAUAAGUUACUCGGAACCUACAAAGAGAAGAAGUCACCAACCAAAUCAAAUUAA